AGGAGCGUGGGAAGCCAGCGAGCGGUGUCAAUACAAUAGGCUUCUUGUGUGUGGAUGUGUGCGCCUGCUGGGAGGCUGCGAUCAGGGAGGAAACAUUGAGGCGAGCUUUCCUUCCAGCGAUCCAGACAGCCGGCCUUUCUGUACUGGCCCAGGGUGCUGCUGCCAGGCUGGCCCGGGCUCGGGAAUGCACAGGCCCCUCCACAAGCACUGAAGUGGGCGCGCUACACCGAGGCUGAAGGCAGAGCUGCACCAGAGAAGGAUGCGUCAGGAUGAAGCGACACAGGCACCUCAGCAGCAGCGACAGCUCAGACAAUGAAAGUCCUUCAACUUCUUUUUCCUCAUGUUUCCAAGAAUACAAGAGCAGGAACACGUGUACGUACACAAAUGAGGAAGAGAAGAAAUCUGCCGAGGUAUUCCGAAAAGACUUAAUUAGUGCAAUGAAGAUUCCAGACUCUCAACAUAUCAGCCAGGAUGAUUAUUACCAUUUCACAGACUCUUGGAAGCAGGAGUGGGAGAAAGGUGUCCAGGUUCCAGCUAAUCCAGAUAUCAUCCCACAACCUUCUCUCAGGGUCAUUGCGGAUAAGGUGAAAGAGGUGCUGUACUCACGUCCACGAAAGUACAUUCACUGCUCAAGCCAGGAGCCAUCGGAGCCAGGAUAUGUGAAUAUUCUGGAACUAGCAGAAAGCAUGUGCCGAUAUGACCUUGAUGAUAUGGACCUUUUCUGGCUUCAGGAGUGCAACCUUGAACUUGCAGAUAUGGGUUUCAAUCCAGUGGAUGAGAACACUAUGGAGAAGACUAUAGAAGUGUUGGAACGUCAUUGCCAUGAAAACAUGAAUCAUGCCAUAGAGACAGAGGAGGGUCUGGGCAUAGAGUAUGACGAAGAUGUCAUCUGUGAUGUUUGUCGCUCCCCAGACAGUGAGGAAGGCAAUGAAAUGGUGUUCUGUGAUAGUUGCAACAUCUGUGUGCACCAGGCAUGUUAUGGCAUCUUGAAAGUCCCAGAUGGCAGCUGGCUGUGUCGAACAUGUGUUUUAGGUAUUCACCCUCAGUGUAUUUUGUGCCCAAAGAGCGGUGGAGCCAUGAAAGCCACAAGAACCGGUACAAAAUGGGCACAUGUAAGCUGUGCUCUCUGGAUACCAGAGGUAAGCAUUGCUUGCCCUGAAAGGAUGGAGCCGAUUACAAAGGUUUCUCACAUCCCUCCCAGUCGCUGGGCAUUGGUCUGUAGUCUAUGUAAACUGAAGACUGGAGCAUGCAUACAAUGUUCAGUUAAGAGCUGCAUAACAGCAUUUCAUGUCACUUGCGCCUUUGAACACACUCUGGACAUGAAGACCAUUUUAGAUGAAGGAGAUGAGGUCAAGUUCAAAUCCUAUUGCUUGAAGCACAGUAAGAACAAACAUUGCCCCGAAGGGGUGCAAGAAGAUGCUCCCAAACCAACUGUUGACAGCAGGCAAAGCGAGAGUGAGAAAACCAGCCUGCGUGCCCAGAAACUAAAGGAGCUGGAGGAAGAAUUUUACACUAUGGUAAAUGUGGAUGCAGUGGCAGCUGAACUAGGUUUACCCAAACUCACUGUGGACUUGAUUUACUCUUUUUGGCUGCUGAAACGUAAAAGCAACUUCAACAAACCGCUGGUACCUCCUAAGGAGGAGGAGCAGAAUGGCUUGUUACAACCCAAGGAGGACAGCAUCCACACAAGAAUGAGGAUGUUCAUGCACCUUAGACAAGAUUUAGAGAGAGUUAGGAAUCUGUGCUACAUGGUAAAUAGAAGAGAGAAGAUGAAACUCUCACACAGCAAAAUCCAUGAACAAAUCUUCAAUCUUGAAGUACAACUUGUAAAUAAAGAGUUGGCCACAGGGCAACCUUUAUCAAGUGCACUGGAAAAUACACUGUUCUACCCUCCUCCUAGGAUUACAUUAAAGUUAAAAAUGCCAAAAUGUACCCCAGGGGACUGUAAAAGCAGCUCUGUAAAAACUGGAAGUCGAUCAGGCCUCCUGGUGAAGAAGAAUAAUAGUUCUCAAAGCAGAAGAAGAGCACACCGGAAAGGGUUCACUGAUCACAGUACCAAAUGCUAUACCAGGCAUGUCUCAGAGCAAAGAAGCAAUGGACUGCUUGGCAUAAAUAACUCUCGGACAGACACUCAGGCCCCAGGUUCCCAGCCAACAUCACGAUUUAGGAGCUCAGGUAAACCUUUGUCACUACAAGCUGUAAUCCAUGGACAAUCUUCAAAUGGAAGUGGGAAAGUUCAGCAUGAACAUUUGAGGUCAAACAAAUCUAAUGGACUUUUACAUUCUGAUGGGGACAAAUCCCAGAGAGACAACUCAAGCCAAACUCUUCACAGUCAAGAGUCUUUAUGUCAUUUGACUAACCAGAGUGGAUUUCGGAAAUCCAGUUUGGACCAUUUUAGUAGAUCAUUCAAAGAGGCAACAAACAGCCUAGUUAGGACCAUGGAAGAUCUUCAGAGUUGUGAAAAACCUAAAAGGAGACAAUCUACAAAAGAUCGCUUGUGGAAUAAACAGCCUCUUGAAUGUCCAUCAUCUGUAACUCCUUACCAAGAUAAUGAUGGCUAUUGUCCUGAUCUUGAGUUGAGUGACUCAGAAGCUGAAAGCGAUGAGAAUAAGGACCACAUACAUGUACCGAGAGGCAACCCAAGCCAUGAAAACCCUAGCAGAGACUCAAAUAAAAACAGUCGUAGGAGCAAAAAGAACAUGAUUCCACACAGUUCAGGGCAGAGGUGAUAAUACUGUGUUUGGAACAGACAUUUAUUUCUGCUAGUGCAUAUCUAAAUGCCAAAGGUGGGUUUGUGAACCCCCAGUGGAACACAGAGAAAACAUACAUUUUUAAUAUUUUUAUUUAACACUUUGUUUUUUCUUCCUGGAAAUGUAAGAAUUAUCAACAAGCGUAAGGUCAACCUUUUAUCAGUACAGCCAGAUAAAUAAUAUGCACAAAUAUCUUAAUCAGAUUUUUCUAUACUUUUGUACCAGCCAAAUGUUCAUAAAGAACUCCGAAUACAUACUUGUUGCUUAAUUUAUGUGGCUAAAAGCCCUGUAUAAUAAUUUUUAAUAUGCAUUUUAGUUAUCUUAGCCAGUGGGUGAAAGCAUCAAGUGCUUCUGUAAAUAGUUUGCUUUCAGUCUGUGGUUUUUAAGGCCUAUGUACAGAAAUUGCUAGUUGUGCAAUGAACCUGUAAAUAUUUUACCCAGACAAGUAGCAGAGGCCAAAAUCCGAUUGUUGUUUACAGAGAUAAAUGGUAGCUG